AUGGCGGCGCACACGCUGCGGUGCCUGUGCCGGCCGCGGCUAGGGCUUCUCAGCGCCCAGUUCUCGCAGCGGGCCGCCGCCGGGACCGAGUACCGGAGCGCCUACAGCCUGGACAAGCUGUACCCGCCGCGGCAGGACGACACCGCCGCCGCCAGCGCGCCGGAGAUGCAGCCGGCCGCCCUCGACAUCCCCCUGGCUCGCCUGACCGUGUCCUACUGCCGGAGCAGCGGCCCUGGCGGGCAGAACGUUAAUAAAGUGAAUACCAAGGCAGAAGUUCGGUUCCACCUGGCAUCAGCAGACUGGAUUCCAGAAGCUGUGAGAGAAAAAAUGGCAUCGAUGCACAGGAAUAAGAUAAAUCGAGCUGGUGAGCUGAUUGUGAACUCUGAAGAGAGUCGCUACCAAAUGAGGAAUCUGGCAAUUUGUUUAGAAAAAAUCAGAACGAUGGUCAUGGAGGCUACCGAGAAGCCCAAGGUGGUGUCUAAGGAGACAACACAGAAACUCAUAGAGAGGGUGGAAAAAAUGAACCGUGAACGACUACGACAGAAAAAGAUACACUCAAAUAUAAAACAGAGCAGGAAGGCAGACUUUGACUGAGAACAGCAGAGAUCUAAGUCCUUGGCAUACCGUCUUUUUAAAGAAGUGGCAUUGGCAGCUGUAGAUGAUGCUAAACUCAUGAGCUAUAUUGAAUAAAAAUGGUCUAAAUUUUGUGAGCUA